AUGGCCCUUCAGCCGGAGAAACCCGGCAAAUCGAGAGCACCGACUUCGGGAGAAAGCCUCAAGAACUUUGGUCGUGUUCUGAAGAAACAACGCGUAUCUGGCAACAAGGCCAACCGUUUGGUCUUACUCGGUAAUAGUGAAGAGAUACUCAAUAAGUUGAGAAAGCUUUCGGGAGAGAUUGAGAGACUUGAGGAGCCGUGGGGCGCUGAAAUGGGGUGGCUGGAUUUCCCUGUUGUCGUGUUGGUCCACAAAGGCACCAGCAGAGUCAUGAAGAUUUUGCGGUCUGGACUUGCGAGUCUGGCGACCACAAGCCAACUUGGUGAUUCUGGCCGGCGAAUUUGUAUUGUAGUCUCUGCAAGCACUACAAUUGGGCUCCAUCACAAUUGUAGACAAGUGGGGUAUGAAAGCGUGAUCCUGGGAAGUCGUGUCUUGCAAUUGGACUGCCUAUCCGUGAGCUACAAGCCUUGGCCCUCAAUGUCCAUGCUCUCCUGGCACACAGUGCACGAGCGCAUCAAGCUACAACCACGGUGCCCGCUCUGUGUCACUGUCAAGGCUGCCCAUGCUGACCUCGUGAGGGAGUGCAACAGAACCUUGACUGGCGCUUUCUUGUCGCGAGAAGUGUUUCUUGGGAGUAGUGCUGUUGGCUGCUUAGAUGCCUCAUGCGCUUCAGUCUCCCACUGCCCGGCACGAAACCACGAAACCGACAGCACAACAGAGGCCGACAGCAUACUACGAAGCAUAUCGACAACAUCCAUCCCUCCCACAGGACUGGCAGCUGCGCUCAUGUCGCGUUCCAAAGCCAGCCCUCCGCGCGGUGGCACCAGAGCCUCUGUCCCCGCCUCGGUCUCCGGCGACGAUCCGAAAGUUCAACCUGACCUCGAAGGGAUACGGCCUUCCUCGUCUGUGGGAGCUUCAGGUCAAGGUGAGGAUGGCCUGGGCGAUCAGGGCGGCUCAUCUGAUGACCAACAUAUCGCUUCGCCAAGCGAAGAAGGUGGCAGGAGCGAUGACAACGGCGACAACGCGCGCGAAUCCCCCAACUUCUUCGAGGAAUAUAAUGCGUUCUUGGCUAAGCAGGACGAUAUUGUAGGCAAGAAGUUGGAUGCCGUGCAACAGCAGGAUACAUUCCUGAGUGUUCAUAAGAAUAAAGCCUUGGAGGCAUCGCCACCGAACUUGCGUGUUUGUCGCUCUUGUGGCGUUGCUCGGCUCGUUGCCGACCCGGACAUCUGGUUCUGUUGGAAUUUCCUUGAUGUCCAAGAAUCAGCCUCUUCGAGGCCUCGUCCUAGCAUGCCAGCCCUGAGCCUUGGUCCCGCCUUUUCUGCAUGGCUCACGCGUGGAGUGUGGUUGUCCUCGCGAGACGGUAAUAGCGGCGAGCGCGGAAGUGAUGCUCUGAGCACUGUCGUGAAACUGGUGGCGACUGUGGCCUCGGUGGAGCGUGUACGUCUCUACGAAAGGUGUCCCUCUGGAGUCGUCCGAGGUCGCGGUAGACUGGUUGCAAUGGCGAAAGCUGUCAGGACUGUUGUGGCGGAGCAGAGCCUCGAGGGCAGAGAAGCAGCGAGGCGGGCGGGUCGUUCCACCGCACCAUCACAGGUAGCGCUGCCCCGUCUACAUGCUGAGAGCUCAGAGGCAUGGCUCAUAGCCGGGAUGUCCGGUAGACCCCAGGUUGUUGCCGGCAGUUCGCCGGAUGUGCGGCUGUCGUGGCACCCUACAGUGAUCGUGUCCCGAACAGCUUGCUUGGGCCGCUCUUAUGGUCACGAGCUUCUGCUUCGAUCCAGGCGUGGUGAUGAACUUGACCUCCGUCCGAGCGGCACAGAGCCAGCUAUCAUGACAGGCAGAUCACAAGCAGAUUCUUCAGGGACACGCAUUGUCACCAGUGAUGCUGAUAUCAAACGAUUCUGA